AUGAAAUUGCUGGAUGAUAGUGUUCAAGAAUUAUUAUUAAAAAUACCUGAAGAGGUAAAUAAACAUGUAGUAAAAGAUGAAAUAACGAAUCAAAGAUUAAAAAGAGCCCUUUUUAAUGAUUAUCCUAUAAUCCAUGUUAUUCCAUUAAGUGGAAGAAUUGCUACUAUAUUGUAUGAUUUUACUGGAAAAAAAAUACAUGAGAUUGUUGUUCAUUCUAUAUAUUAUUCUUUAGUUAUUCUUUUAACACAUAAAUGCAACUCAAAUUUAUAUGGUAAAUAUACAGAGUUAAAUAAUGUAUCAUUUCUUACUAUAAUGGUUAUAUGUUUAUCAGAAAUAUUAUAUAUUAUCGGAAAAUUUGAUUUCUUAGAAAAAAAUAAGACUCCUGAAAUGAGAGAAAAAGAAUUAGCCAAAGAAAAAAAAUUGGAAAUUAAAAAAAUGAAAAUUGAAAAAAAGGAAAAUAAGAAAAAGGAAAUUGAAAAAAAGGAAAAUAAAAAAAAGGAAAUUGAAAAAAAGGAAAUUAAAAAAAAGUAA